CACGAGUCAACCACAACAAACCCCUUCCCCGGAACUUUUAAGCAGUGCUCCUCAUCAACCACGAAUUUCUCAUCCCAAGACAUCCCAGCAAAAAACAAGCUCCUCAAAGUUACAAGAACAAUGGCCGACAUCAAGCCACCAUUCACCGAAGAAUCUGCUCGCAAGAAGGUUAAAGCGGCCCAGAAUCUGUGGAAUUCCCAAGACCCCGUCCGAGUCGCGCAGGCCUACACCCCAACCUGCAUCUGGCGCAACCGCACCUCAUUCUUCGCCGGAACCGCGGACAUCGUCGAGUUCCUGACCGCGAAGUGGAAGCGCGAGCAGAGCUAUCGCCUACGGAAGGAGCUGUUCUCGUUCACGGACGACCGGAUCGCCGUGCAGUUCUGGUACGAGUUCCAGGAUGCGGACGAUGGGCUGCGCUGGAAGCGCUGCUACGGGCUGGAGGACUGGACCUUCGACCGCGAGACGGGGAAGAUGCGUAAGCGGAUGAUGAGUGGGAAUGAUGUCUUGAUUGGGCCCGAUGGGAAUGGUGAGGGGAGGUGGUUUGUGGAUGGGGUGGAUGUUGAAGAGGCGGAGAUAGGGGAGGAGCAUUGGUAGUGACGCGGUUAUGCGCAGACGGCCUAGAGUAGGUGAUGUGUUUAUGUCUAUAUGAGAUGUUCUCUAUACCGAGUAAUAUGGUUGACCAGGGGGCUCCGAUAGGCAACAGGGCCGAUUACCCCCGCGGCCGCGAGCACGGAUUUUGCAUGCGCGAUUGUUACUUCCCGGAGCUGUCAAUAAACCCCCAGCAGAUUUGGC